UUUUGAAGGCGCGACUUUAAAAAGAAGACUUGAAAAGUGCGCGCGGCACGUGAGCGCUGCAGACUGAGCCCGGCGUUAAUUGUACUACAAUGUCCCAGAGCAUCUGCGUGCAAAACUUAGAGGCAUGCUGCAUAUUGAGGGGCGCGAACAGAUGGACACAAGCCCAACAACACACUGGAGACGUGCUAUGUUGCUGAAUGGAUGACAAGCUCCCAGUCACCCUUCAUACACUGUAAAGACCCCCUCCCAUCGUGUUGUGCAGGACAGGGUCCCCCAGCAGAGUGGCAGUAAUGUACCAGGAGGUGGCCUUCCUGGCAGGCAGCACUGAGCACCAGUUCACCACCUUCCACUUCAACCGUGUGGAGAACCCGCGGGAGGUCACCUCCAAGAAGGGUUUGUUCUACAAGCGAGCCCAGCUCCUGCUCCAGCCUCAGCCCCGCCAACAGGAUGGAGAUGAGAUCGGCCUGGCUGAUGGGGCGGCCAUUAUCAACGUGGGGGGGAUCAAGUACCGCAUCCCCUGGUCCACACUGGAGGAGUUCCCCUUGACACGGCUGGGCAAGCUGCGCGGCUGCAGUAAUGAGGCUGAGAUCAUGGAUGUGUGCGACGACUAUGACGGCAGCCGCAACGAGUAUUUCUUCGACCGAAGCCCGUCGGCUUUCCGCACAAUUGUCUCUUUCUUGGCGGCAGGGAAGCUGCGGCUGCUGAGGGAAAUGUGUGCCCUGUCCUUCCAGGAGGAGCUGCUGUACUGGGGGGUGGAGGAGAACAACCUGGACUGGUGCUGCCUCAGGAAGCUGCGGCUCAGGCAGGAGGAGUACAAGGAGCAGCAGAGGCUGGAGGAGGAGGAGGCCGAGCUCACCUCACCGCAGUCCUGCGAGGAGAGCCAGCAGCCUCCCGGGGAAGGGGCACAGGAAGAGACCAGUAUGGAGGGCUGCAUGCGAAGACUUAGGGACAUGGUGGAGAACCCCCACUCCGGCCUUCCCGGGAAGAUCUUCGCCUGUCUGUCAGUGUUAUUUGUAGCCAUCACCGCUGUGACGCUGUGUGUCAGCACCAUGCCAGACCUCAGAGAGGAGGAGGAGAGGGGUGAGUGCUCCCAGAGGUGCUAUAACAUUUUUGUGCUGGAGACGGUGUGCGUUGCCUGGUUCUCCCUGGAAUUCAUGCUGCGCUUCAUUCAGACGCAGAGCAAAUGUAUGUUCCUGCGUACCCCUUUAAACGUCAUCGACGUGGUGGCCAUCCUUCCGUACUACAUCACCCUCAUUGUGGACUCUCUGUCAGUGGGAGGAAAACCUGCAGGUUCAGGGAACAACUACCUUGAGAAGGUGGGGUUAGUUCUUAGAGUCCUGAGAGCUCUACGGAUCUUUUAUGUGAUGAGGUUGGCCCGCCAUUCCUUAGGCUUGCAGACACUUGGUCUGACAGUGAGGAGGUGUACACGUGAGUUUGGCCUGUUGCUGCUAUUCCUUUGCGUGGCCAUGGCUCUUUUCUCCCCACUUGUGUUCCUAGCUGAGAGCGAGAUGGGCGCUAAGCAGGAGUUCACUAGCAUCCCUGGUAGCUACUGGUGGGCCGUCAUCUCCAUGACCACAGUCGGCUAUGGAGACAUGGUGCCCAGAAGCAUUCCCGGCCAGGUGGUGGCGCUCAGCAGCAUCCUGAGCGGCAUCCUCCUCAUGGCCUUUCCCGUCACGUCCAUCUUUCACACCUUCUCUCGCUCCUACGUGGAGCUGAAGGACGAGCAGAGCCGGGCGCUGAGGCAGAAGCCGGACUCGCAGGACAGCACCAAGUCCCAGAACAGCGAAGACUCUCAGGAGACGGACAGCUACCACGGCAUCACGGAGGCCGCGGCCUCAUCUGUGCAGAGGAGGAAGUCCAUGGCUGUUCAGAGGGCUGCUGAGAUUAGAGCAUCCGUGCAAACUUAGCUGCUCUGUCUGUGUGUGUUCAAGUUGCAGCCGUGACACCCAGCGCCGGGACUUCAAAGUUGAUG